GAGGUCAGUGGGACCCGAGCAGCGCCUCAGACCGAGAGCGACACCUGUCACAUUGGAGGUCCCAGCCAGGGGUGAAGGAUGCCACUCUGGGUGUUCUUUGUGAUUCUCACCCUCACCAGUGGCUCCCACUGCUCCCCGACCCCUUCGCUGCCCUUCAGGAUGCGGCGAUACGCAGAUGCCAUCUUCACCAACAGCUACAGGAAAGUUCUGGGCCAGCUGUCUGCCCGCAAACUGCUCCAGGACAUCAUGAGCAGGAAGCACGGGGAGAGGAACCAGGAACAAGGAACCAGGGUGCGGCUUGGCCGUCAGGUGGACAGCAUGUGGGCAGACCACAGGCAGAUGGCGUUGGAGAGCCUCUUGGUAGCCCUGCUGCAGAAGCACAGGUGA